AUGGUGCGGUUGGCGGCUACUUGGGCCUCGCUGUGCGUCCUCGCGCACGCAGCGCCGCUGCGCGUGAUCCUUGACACGGACAUCGGCGACGACAUCGACGAUGCUUGGGCACUGAGCGCCUUGCUGCAAGACCCGAGGGUGGAUCUGCGGCUGGUGGUGACGGACUCCUACUCCAGCCUACACCGGGCUCAAGUCUUAGCCAAGUUCCUCGACCUGGCGGGGCGCCUCAACGAUGUCCCGGCCAUUGCGUUGGGGCCCAACACCACAGGGAAGCCUCUCAUCAUGGAGGGCUGGGCCAGCCCGAAGGACUUGGCGAAGUUCCCGGGCACGAUCCACGACUCGGCCGCGGACGCCAUCAUCGAGGAGGUCACCCAAGCUGUGCAGGACCAGGCGCCCAUCUCAUUGCUGGUGCUGUCGCCCUGCCCAGCUGUGGCACAUGCACUGCAACGUGCCCCGUGGUUGAGCCGUGUGGCCUCCAUCCAUGCAAUGGGCGGAAGCAUCUGGCAUGGAAACAACGGAACUGGGCUGCCGGUUCCUGAAUGGAACGUGCGAGCAGAUGUGGCGAGCUCUCGGGUGCUAUAUGCCCAUCUCAACGUCACCGCGCCCUUGGAUGUAGCAGGUCUGGCUCAAAUAGACGGGCCUGCCUUUGGGAAGCUGCUGCAAUGUCAGGGCCAUGUGCCUGUCGUCCGGGCACUCCUGCACAUGUUCAAGACUUGGCUCCCCCGCUGCCCAUGGCCACCAGUCUUGGACGGCCCUAAGGGGCCAGCUAGCUCGGUGCGCUCUUCCGUUGUGUAUGAUGCAGUGGCGGUGAGCACACUGCAACGAGCUCAUAGAACUUGCGACCCUGCGGGUCGCCAUUGA